AUGUCGAUACCUGGAGCCUUCCCAGAAGCCGCUCCACCAGCGGCGGUGGUUCCAACGAAGACCGGCGAGGAGCAAAAGACUCCGGAACGAGAUGUUGCCAGAUAUCCGAAGAUUACUGUCGCCCAAAGACAGGCGCUUAUUGAUAAUCUGCAGCUUGAAGUCACCGAACGAGCUCGCAAACUUCGUGCCAUCUACGCGUUACAUGCGCAAGGUCUCCGAUCAAGACUCGAGAUGCGCAUCAACCGUGUACCGCAGUCCUUGAGAUCCGCCAACAUUGAAGAAUUGGUGAACAAAUACGCCAAUCCGUCGCCCGUGAAACCCGCACCUCUCGGAGAGCGAUCGAUCACGAACCACGAGAUGCCCAGGCUAGAUUCCACGACCGCUCGCGCAGAUAAAGAAAACAGUCCCCUCCGAUCCCUCGGAAAGAAGAGACCAAGGUAA